ACAUUACCCAAGCCCACAUUCUGGUUCAUAUAAACACCGACAGCCACCGUCCUUUCCGAGAUUCUACCAACCGCCGCCGCUGCACACCCCCUACGCCGCUGCGCCACCUUCUGCCACAAAGAGCUACUCUUUCCCGAAAGCUGCCAUCAUCAUCCAACAAUCUAGGCAUGGAUGGCGAAAAAAUUAAGCAGAAGAAAAAGAGUGCCAAAAGCGUAGUAGAGGCUCAUACUGUUGAUAGGAUGCAAAUAGCCGAUUCUGCUCGAAUUUCUGAGAAUGAGGGUAUUUCUGAAGUGAAGAGGGAUCAUAAAAGGAGCAAAGAAAAGAAGAAGAAGAAGAAAAGUAAGGGAGCCGAAGAUGCUGACUCUGACAUGAAGAGUGCUUCUAGAAAAGGUGAAUUGAAUGUAGUAUCUGGUGAGAAUGGCGGUGGACUAAAAACUGGUAAUGUUGAAAGGAAUGGGGAGAGUUCUAGUGGACUAACAAUGGAUAAUGCUGAAAGGAAGAGAAAUCGAAGAGAGAAGAAGAAGGACAAGAAUGAGAUAUUCGAGACACGUGAUAUUGAUGAAGUAAAGAGGGACAAGAGUACCGAUUGGCAAGAGGGGGCAAAUGUUUCUGGAAAAGUGACUGGCGAAGAAGUUAUGGUUGAGAAAAGGAAGCAGAAAGUGAGAAGAAAUGACCGAAAGGUGGGAGAGAAUGAUGGAGAAGUGAUCCAAGGGCAUAGUGAGAAUUGCAUAGCCAAUGCCACAGAGAAUAGGAAGGAAAUGAAGAAGGAGAGGAAAAAGAGGAAGGAUGAUAGUGUGGUCGGGUCAAAAGACACUCAUAGUGAAAUUAAGUGUGAUGAAGUUGGUUUAUCUUCAAAACAGCAGGAACGUGUGCUGCAUGAUGUUGAAGAACAUAUUCAAUCAACCAAAGAUGAUGGUGGCACCAAAAUUAAUCAUGAAAGGAAGAAAAAGAAGAAGCACAGAAAGAAAGACAACUACAAAGAUGAUCCGCUUCCUGCUCAGAAAGAAUGUGUAGAUAGUGACGCUCAUAGUCUUCAGAAUGCUAAGGAGAUGCAAAAUAACGAAGCAGAGUUUACCAAUGAAAGCAAGAAAAAGAAAACCAAAAUUUUGGAAACUGAUACAAAUGAUGAACAAUAUAAUGAAGGUGAAUAUGCAAAGAAGGGGAAAAAAAGGAAGGCCAGUAUGGUGAUAAAAGGUUCAGAUGAUACUUCACCUAACAAAAGUAAUAAGAAAGUCAGAUUUUCUGGUCAGGAUGAGGUAUUUCCUCUCCCUCCUAAAUCAAAUUCUGAGGAGGGGAAUGGAAAGAAGGAAAAUCUGGUAAGAGGCACGCGGUUCACACGUAAAGAAGAUGAGAUUGUGAAAGAUGCUGUUAUGAAGUACAUAGAGGAACAUGAGUUAGGUGAUGAAGGUGUGGAAAUGAUCUUAAACUGUAGCAAGUACCCUGAAUUGAAAGGUUGCUGGCAAGAAAUAGGGUCUUCCGUACCAUACAGGCCAUAUACUUCUGUGUAUUGUCGUGCUCGGGUUUUACUUAUGAGGUCCGAGAGCAGGAAAUGGACUCAAGAAGAGUAUGACAUGAUUUUGAAAUACCAGGAAGUGCAUGGUAACAAGUGGAAGCCCUUGGCAGAUGAACUUGGCAAACAUACAUGGCAUGUGAAGGAUACUUGGCGCAGGAUAAAGUUGCCUAACAUGAAGAAAGGACAUUGGUCACAAGAAGAGUAUCAGAGAUUAUUUGAUCUGGUGAAUACUGAUCUACAAUUGAAACUUUCUGAAGAGAAGAGGUCUAAGCACGGAAUGUUGCGGGACAAUAUCUGUUGGACUGCAAUUAGUGAUGAGAUAUCCACUCGAGCUCAAGCAGCUUGCUGUAUAAAGUGGUACAAACAGUUAACCUCACCUAUGGUAGCUCAAGGUAUAUGGGCUGAUUCAGAUGACUAUCGUCUGCUUAGUGCACUUUAUUGCUUAGAUGCAACUUGCUUGGAAGAUGUUGAGUGGGAUGAUCUUAUUGAUAACAGAGCUGGAGAUGUAUGUCGGAAGCGUUGGAACCAGAUGGUUCUACAUAUAGGUCACAAUGGAAAGAAAUCAUUUGCUGAACAAGUUGAAGUAUUGGCUCAAAGAUACUGCCCGCAUCUUCUUGAAGCAAGAGAAACCUGGGAUAGCAAACCGCGGGUUCCUUGAUCCGCCCUCUGUAGCUAUGGAGUUUGAAGCUUGAUGUCAUGAAGAAAGUCGCUUCUGAAGGUUUUUGUCGCUCCGUUUCUCUUUAGGCUUGUUUCUUGUACACUGGUCUCUCAUCUUUUUGUUUCAACCAUGGAUGAUCCUACAUGCAAUGCUAUACAUUAAGAUCUUGUUGUUUACAUUUA